GGGGCCCGGGGCGGGACGGGGCGGUGCGGGACCCGCCCGGCGGGGAGCGGGGAAGGCGCGGCCGCCCCCCCUCCGGCUCCGGGCAGCGCGGGGCCGCGCGGCCGCCCCGAGAUGUUCAACAGGGCCGUGAGCCGGCUCAGCAGGAAGCGGCCGCCCUCAGAGAUAAAUGACAGCGAGGGGCACCCAAGCAGCAGCCACCAAACCUUGAAAGGAACCUCAAAAUGGGCUACAUCACUGGAGAGCCUCCUCGAAGAUCCAGAAGGAGUGAAACGAUUUAGGGAGUUUUUAAAGAAGGAAUUUAGUGAAGAAAAUGUUUUGUUCUGGUUAGCAUGUGAAGAGUUUAAGAAAACACAGGGGAAAAAACAGAUGCAGGAAAAGGCUAAAGAAAUUUACAUGACUUUCCUGUCCAGUAAAGCUUCUUCCCAGGUCAAUGUUGAAGGGCAGUCCCGUCUGAGCGAGACCAUUUUGGAGACACCUCAUCCUCUCAUGUUUCAGAAGCUCCAGGACCAGAUAUUCAAUCUCAUGAAAUACGACAGCUACAGCCGCUUCUUGAAGUCAGACAUAUUCCUAAACCAUAAGAAGUGUGAGGAGCAAGAGGAGAAUUCACCAGAGGCUCAGACCGCAGCUAAAAGAGCGUCAAGAAUUUACAACACAUGAUACGAUGAAUCCCUUCAGGAGGAGCAAUACAAUGACUAAAUUACACUCAGGAACAGUCUAGGUUUAUAGCAGUUGCAUUUAGGGCUUGAAAAGCUCAAAACCUUCUUAGGAGAUACUUACCUUCUUAAUUGCUUGAACGACUAAUUGUUUUUGCAUGAUAGCUAGUAACAAAGUGCUCAUGGAAGGACUGUUUCCUACAUAAAAGGCUGAGGUAUUCCUCCAUAGCAUGAAUUGCCUUUCAUAUUUCACAAGCUAAAAUGCUUUCAGUUUUUGUAUUUUCUUUUGUGAGGCUUCAUAAUUAUGAGAAAUGGGAAAUAGGGUGCCUGGAUUUCUAUUUUUGCCUUGUAAUUUUUAUUUGUGACUGGGUUUUACAUCCUGAAUUGCUGGGAGAAGCUGCUGAGGAGUAAAUUGCACGUUACUUUGUGGAUGAGUCAUUCGUAGCAAACUUAAUUAUGAAGGGACAGCAUCUUUCAGGGUUAAGCUCAGUAGAAUCCAAUCCCUUCCUAUGUAACUUUGUUUUUUCAAGGUGACCUGUUUUGCUUUGCCCUUAUUGUUGAAUCAAACACUUCUCUAGUAAUGAUUUCCUCAGUAUUUGUGCAGUAGACAAUCACCUUCUUCAGAGGAUGGGAUAACCUGUAUUCCCUUAGGAACAAAAGCACUGAUUUCAGCAAAGCUUGACCAGGGCACAUCCUGCAUGUCAGCAUAACAUCAGUGUCAGAUGCCUGUAUGGGGAAGCAUCUGGUCCCUCCUAUGUCUCCUGAACAGUCUUGCUCUGUGCAGCAAGAAUACUUUGGCAAAGGACCAACCAACAAAGUCUGGCUUUGUUUUACUAAAAUCUACUAAAAUCACCUUGCCUGAUUUUGUUUGCCCCAGAGAAUUAUUUCAGGGUUUCCUAAUGUAACUUUUGAGAGCUGCAAUGGAACAGGAGCUUGACGUUGUGGUUUAGCCCUUUACACCAAGUUUGAGAGGAGUGGGAAUUUAUUUCUGCUCAAAGCAAUCCAAGGUGAAAUGGUGGUAAAGGAAGACGCUCCCAAUGAGCCUUCCAUGUUGUCCUGGGACUGUGUCAGAGCUGCAAAGCACAUUUAGGCAUACAAUUUUUUAUGUGUUCAUAUAGUUUUGAGUUAAUUCACUGCAGUGUUGCAAGAUUGCAGUUGAAGUUGGGAAAGCCCAUUAGCUAUGUGCUCUAUUUGCAAGCUUCGCAGUGUGUAGUGUAGCUGUUUCACAUUCUCUCAUUAUUUACUCAGUUACUUUUGCACUGCUUUCCUUGAAUGUUAGUUGAUGUGCCAGCUAAUCUAAAUGCCCAGUUAGCCUUUGAUCAUUUUAUAGUUCUCUUUUUUGUCAGAAAGGCCAGGUUGGGGGUUGGAACUGAAUGAUCUUAAGGUCCUUUCCAACCCUAACUCUUCUAUGAUUCUAUAUGUUUUGUACGCUACGGUUGCUAUCAAGGUUUUAAAAUUUAAGUCUAGAUUGUAAUUUUUGAGGCUGCAAACUCACUUGGCAGACUUGAUUAUUUCUUUUAACUCUGAGUCACUCUUGCAAGUAACGUGUAAAGCAACUUGUUUCCAUGGGCUCUUUCUUAGCUAGAUGUUAAGAGUGGGAUCAGGCGUUCUGAUUCUUCCCUCAGAGCUAAAUGGCCUGUGUGGUUUAGAAGAUCAAAGAAGAGGUCAGUGCCUCCAUAUGCAUGUUUUAAGGUAUAAUCCUUAUGCACUUAAUUUUCCCUUUGUGCUCUCAAAGGACUUAAUGAUGAAGUCCUAAUCUUCCUUCAGGCACUUUCAGUAGUAGUUGAUCUCGUGCUUAAGUUGUAUUUUAAUGCUUUGCUCUAUAGGAAUGAGGUAAACCCAUGCAUGAAUCUUUUUGUUGGGAUGGGGCUUAGGAAAUGGGACCAUCCAGUUCUGGACUUGCCAACUAUUUGUAAUCUCAGGAUUACCUCUUUUGAAAAUUCACUGUAAUAACAAACUCUUAAUGCCUGCCACAGCAGAGGAUGGAACUUCUGAUACCACUGAGUCCUUGGGAGUGGGCAGCUUAAAGACAUUUAGGAGUUGGGAUUUGUCUCUUCCCAGUAAUUGCAGCAAAAGUCUUAGUAAUACUGAAAAAUGCAGGACGGGGACCUUCAUGGGGAAAACCACAGAAUGAGCUCUUACCACAUUCAUCACAUGGAUGCACAGUAGAUUAAUUUUUAAUCAUAUUGAUUUUAGAAAUGCACGAGUAAGGGAGAAGAGUCUUUGACUAUCAUGUUUUAAAAUAAUAAUAAUAAUAAUAAAAACUAAACCCAGAAGCUGUAGGAACAAUGGUGGGGCAUUAAAGGGAGAAAAUACUCAUUUGUAACUGCUUAUGAACACCAUUUUCCUUGGCAACAUGCUCCCUGUCAGGUACUGCCUUAUUUGCUUGUUAAGAGCAACUGCCCCAUAGUAGACACAAAGGUGCUUUACACUACUACUACUAACCAAAAGUUACUCAAAUGGAAAUGUAUUUUUUGCAGCAUCUCAGUGCUUGUGGUGUUUAUUUCAAUACCUCGAUGUUUCUAAUUCAAUAUACCUAAAUCCACACAAUUCUAAUCUUUGAAUUGCUCUUUUGCAAAGUUCACUACCCCAUUGAUGUGUCUUUGUAGUGUCUGGUUUUGGUUUGGUUUUUAGAAGAAAACUUGUGAGGUGCAGGAAUCAAAGGGUUUUUCCUAUUACCUGUAUUAUCCAGUGAAAGAGCAAUCAAAGUAAAGCCAUGCAAGAUGUCUGUAGUUGCAGCAUGUAUAUACGUGGAGAAGGUUAUUUUGCUUCUGUUGAUAUUCUCACUGAUCGAAUUUACCUUAUGAAAUGACUUUUUCUGUACAUGGCAUAGAAAAAAAUCACGCAAGGAAAGAACUGAGUUUCCAAUAGGUAACUCAUGCAUUCCAGGAACGACCGCGAACAUUGCAUUGAACCUCAGACUGUGAGUGUGUACUCAGAGUUGCUUGACGUAGAGAUUAAAGGUAGUAUCUACUCCUGUUCGUAGAACUUACACUGAAGGUCUGAGCACAGAAAGCAAGCAAGAGAAAUUUUGUGCCUGAUUGCAUGCCUUAAACUCUACUCUGUUGUGUGUUUCUCAGCUAAAAAUUAAACUAUCCUACAAAUACACCAAA